GAACCACCGCCCCGGUCAGCAGCACUCGCGAGAUGGUGGUAACUGACUGAAGUUCGUCGAGGGACGGACGUCGAUACCGGACCUACGUCCACGACGCGGGGAGAAACCGAUUAGGAGGCCCUUCAGUGGCUAUUCCGAGCUCAAUGUUACCGACGACGCCGACGACCUCGUCUAUUGUUCUCUAUUGUCGUCGGGCGCCGUGUGGGACGGCGAGGGCGCGCGAGCGAAUCGGAGGCGCCCGUUCCUCCGUCGGCGCGCCUCCACUAUCACAUGCAGCCGCCGCAGGUGCGGUUAUCGAAGGCGCCUGUCUCGCUGAUAACGCGUCGGUGGACCUGUCCCUCGCUCACGAGCGUGUCUCCUGGAGAUCCUUGACCUUCGAUGCUGAUAGCAGUGCGCGAAGUGAAGCCGAUGGUGUACAUAUACGCAGGGGAGAGCGUGGUCUGGACGGUGUCGCCCGUUUGUUUAGGGAGUCCAGAGCGCUUGCAGGAUGGCCGACGUGGACCCGACUCGUGACUACAUCCAGUCUGCUGGCGAGGUGAACGAUGGAGAGGGCGUGAUUGUGCCCACUGAGCACCACGCGAACGCGUCGGCCGAGGACAUCAAGAAGGACCACAACAUCCUGCACACCGUCGCGGUCACGGAGGCGGACAACGACGGUCGCGCGCCGACUGACGAAGAGAAGGCGACGCUACGCCAUGUGUCUGCGCCGAUUCUUUGGUCGUCGUAUGUCGUCUGCGUGGUCGAGCUUGCAGAGCGCGCGUCGUACUAUGGUGUCAGCGGUGUUUUCACGAACUUUAUUCAGCGACCUCUUCCCGCGGGAGGGAACGGUGCAGGUGCGCCGGCGGCUGGCACGCAGGCCUCAGCUGGCGCGCUGGGACUCGGGCUACAGACCGCGACUGCGCUUGUCACACUGUUCAAUUUCCUAGCGUACGUGACCCCCAUGCUCGGUGGCAUGAUUGCGGACAUGAAGCUCGGUCGUCUCAAGACGCUCUGGUGGGGUAUCCUCUUUGGCUUCGUCGGCCAUGUCCUACUGGUCAUUGCUGCUAUUCCGGACGUCAUCUCAGAGGGCCACGCCAUCGCCGCCUUCAUUAUUGGCAUGCUUAUUCUCGCCUUCGCUACGGGCUUCAUCAAGCCUUGUAUCGCGCCCAUCAUCGCCGACCAGUGCCCUAUCAAGACGCAGCAGGUGAAGACGCUGAAGUCAGGCGAGAAGGUUAUUGUCGACCCGAAGGUUACGGUGGAGACGAUGCUUCACUUGUACUACUGGGCUGUCAACAUCGGCGCGUUCUUCUCCAUUGCGACGACCUACUCGGAGAAGCGCAUUGGGUUCUGGCUUGCAUACCUCACACCCGGCAUCUUCUACCUCAUCAUGCCCAUCGGGCUGCUCUGGGUCCAGUCACGUCUUAUCCUCUACCCGCCCAAGGGCGCAGAGACGCUUGACGCCUUCAAGGCCGUCAAGGUCAUGUGGGCACGCGCUGGAGUUGUCACCGGCUUCAAGGGUGGUGACGCGCUUUGGGAUCAGGCUAAGCCCAGUGUCAUCGCCCAGGACGAGUCGCCAAAGGCAUCGAGUUUGCUUGCGAAGAUCAAGUGGGAUGACAAGUUUGUUGACGACCUGCGCGUGACGGUCAUCGCGUGCAAAAUCUUCCUCUUCCAGCCCAUCUGGGCGCUCGCGGAUGGCGGGCUGAACUCGAUCAUCACGAACAUGGCGGGCAGUAUGACGACGAACGGGCUGCCGAACGAUCUGUUGAGCAACUUCAACCCCAUCAGCACGGUGGUGACGAUCCCGAUCUACAACUACUGGCUCUAUCCGACGCUGCGCAAAUUAGGCUUCAACUUCUCGCCCGUCAGGAGAAUUUGCGUCGGCUACCUCUUCGGCGUGGUGAUCAUGAUCAUCUCUGCCAUCCUGCAGUGGCAGGUGUACGAGACGUCGCCAUGCGGCUACCACGCUACCGAGUGCGCCGUUGGCAGCGGUGUGUCACCUAUAUCGGCCUGGGCAGUUCUUCCCAUCUACUGGCUCCAGCCCAUGGGUGGCAUCCUCAUUUCAGUGACUUCAUACGAGAUGGCAUACAACCUCACCCCGGCUAACAUGAAGGGUCUCGUUAUUGCCAUCGUGUUCCUGAUGAGCGCACUAUCGUCCGCCAUCGUCGAGAUCUGCUCCCCCGCCUUCAAUGACCCCAACCUCAUCUGGCCCUUCGUCGGCAUUGGCGCGGCCAACCUGCUCGCCGCCAUCGCCAACUAUUGGUUCUUCCGGGACGUCGGCGCCGGCGAGGUCGACCUGUCGAACAUGGAGACUCAGCGGCAAGCAGUCACGAAGGCCGAUGCCGAGGCGGCUGUGGUGGAGAAGAAGCUGGCGGAUGCCUAGACGUUCAUCGUGCUAUUCGUGUCCUUUCUUACUGGUGAUGUGCUACGUUUUGCACUGGAUUGUACUGGUAUUCUUACUUACAACACGGGGACGCUACCCGAGGACAACUUAAACUUCGCCUGCCGA